UUUUGUGCAUGUUUCUUCUAGGGACUUCUGGGAUUCAUUGGUCUGGUCGGGGAGCCAGGGAUCAUGGGAGAAAAGGGUGACCGGGGCAUGAUGGGACCCCCAGGCGCACCCGGACCCAAGGGAUCAAUGGGUCAUCCUGGAUCUCCCGGUGCUGUGGGGACCCCCGGAGAACAUGGACCCCCGGGUCCUCCAGGAUCUCGAGGCCUACCAGGCGUGAGGGGAGCAAAGGGACGCCAGGGCCCCCGAGGACCAGAUGGACCAGCCGGGGAGCAGGGGUCCAGGGGCCUGAAGGGCCCUUCAGGACCGCAGGGCAGACCGGGCCAGCCUGGGCAGCAGGGUGCGGCUGGUGAGCGUGGGCACUCGGGCACGCGAGGCUUCCCCGGCAUCCCAGGUCCCUCAGGCCCCCCAGGCACCAAGGGCCUCCCAGGAGAACCGGGCCCUCAGGGACCCCAGGGGCCACUUGGCCCUCCGGGAGAGAUGGGACCCAAGGGACCGCCCGGUGCGGUAGGAGAACCGGGUCUUCCUGGGGAAGCCGGGAUGAAGGGUGACCUUGGGCCUCUGGGCACCCCUGGGGAGCAGGGCCUCAUUGGGCAGCGGGGAGAGCCAGGCCUCGAGGGUGACAGUGGUCCUGCAGGGCCUGAUGGGCUGAAGGUAAGUGUCCUGCUGCUGUAGGGUCUGGGGAGGGGGAUGUUCUGGAACUACCUUCUACCUCUGCCCCCACUCCCCUCCUGUCCAAGACCUAAGCUUUCUCCUGGAAGCACUGUGUUCCCAUAAAGCUCCGAGAGCA